CAACCAAAAUGAGUGGGAUUUCUCUGUCUAAAACUCCCCUCCAAUGGCUAACAAAAGCACCAACUUUCUCUCUCUACUUAUCUUCAUCACCCUCCUCGUAAUCAUAAUCCCCUGCAUCAAAGCCCAAAAUAGCCACGGUGAUCCCGAAGCAUCAACACCAUCGGAUGCUGAUGAUCACCCAAACCUCAGAGAAAAAUCAUUAAUCCUUGUGAAAAUAUGGUGCCUUAUAAUAAUAUUUGUAGGGACAUUCAUAGGGGGUAUUUCCCCAUAUUUCUUGAAAUGGAACGACGCGUUUUUGGUCCUUGGAACUCAAUUUGCUGGUGGGGUAUUCUUAGGCACAGCGCUAAUGCAUUUUUUGAGUGAUGCAAAUGAAACGUUUGAAGAUUUGACAAAGAAAGAAUAUCCAUUUGCGUUUAUGUUGGCUUGUUCUGGGUAUUUGGUUACCAUGUUGGCUGAUUGUGUAAUUAUGUAUGUUUUUAGUAAGGGGACUAACAAUACUCCAGGCUCUCUCUCCAAUAAUCGGAUUGAAGAGGGCAUUCCAAAUGAGAAAAACAGGAACCAGCAGUCAAAGUCAGGACUUGAUUCUCAGGGUGAUGAUAUUCAUAGCACAAACCAGUUUGUAAAUGCAAGGCUAACAACAGUAAGCUCAGUAGGAGACACAAUCCUCCUAAUAACAGCAUUAUGCUUCCACUCAGUGUUUGAAGGCAUAGCAAUUGGAGUAUCUGAAACCAAACAAGAUGCCUGGAAAGCACUUUGGACAAUCUCUCUACACAAAAUAUUUGCUGCCAUUGCCAUGGCGAUAGCCCUCCUUCGCAUGAUCCCUGACAGGCCAUUACUCUCCUGUGCAUCAUACGCGUUUGCUUUCGCCAUAUCAACCCCUAUUGGAGUUGCUAUAGGGAUCAUUAUUGAUCAGACAACCCAGGGCUCGGUGGCUGAUUGGAUCUUUGCUAUUUCCAUGGGGAUCGCUUGUGGGGUGUUUGUGUAUGUUUCAAUUAACCAUUUGUUGGCUAAGGGCUAUACUCCUCUUAACAAACUUGGGGUUAACACUCCCUUUUAUAGGUUUUUGGCUGUGGUUUUGGGAGUUGGGGUCAUUGCUGUCGUCAUGAUAUGGGAUACUUGAUACACCUACUCCACUCCGAAAUUUUCACCUCCUAUCAACUGCGAAAUGCUCGGGAGUGACUCAAACAAAGACCAAACAGCUAUGUUGCUCAGACUCUUAUUGGGGUGUCGUGUCUGACAAGGGAUCGGAGGAUCCGACAUUCUAGAUGUAAUAAAUUUCAAACAAAGCCACUAUAUAUUUGGGUGUCAUGUCGUGUCGAAGUGUCGGAGGAUCCGACACCGACACCCUCUGUCAACCAAAGUGUCGAAGUAACAUAGGACCAAAGGGUAAACCCACUAUACCUAAAUGUCUCCCGGAGUUUUAUUUAUAACAAACCCCUGUACUCUAUAUACCUUAAUCUGAUAAUUAAUCUCAUGUA